CUUCAGUACCACCGAAGCUCUGCCUCAGACCAAAUUACAUAUCUCAGAGCAGACCAAAAGACAAAGGAAAGAACGGAGAGAUCGUCAUCAGAACUAGUCUUCCGAGCACCACAACUAGCAGAGGCGAAACUAGACAAUUUAUCUAGUGGGUGCACUGUCAUUAAUUAAAAAGAAAAGGUGGAGAAAAAGAAAUCGAACUCGGAUUACUAUGGGUGCACAACCUCACUUUUCCAUCUGAACCAACAGAUUUUCUAUCUUUUGGUUAGCAAAAUUUAAACUAUAUAUAAUAAGUACGGGUGUCCAUAGUGUGUAGCCUGGCUUCGCCCCUGACAACUAGUCACCUAGACCUUAAGCCUCGUGCAUGCAGUACCGCCAAAUAAUCGAGAAACCAUCACAACGGUUAUUUGAUCAAAAGACCUCGUCCGAAGAUAAAAAAAUUUGCUAGGAGAAAAAUAGAUAGAGGUGAAGUGAUUUUCACGUCGCCGCAGCCACUAGAAAGGUGAGUGUUUUUUUCUCUCCACUCAUUUUAUUUUUGAUUCGUAAAGAUUUAAAAUUUAAGAAGAACAAUUAUAAAGAUGGAUGUUAAACAGAAAAAUAGAUAGUAUAGUUUAGAUAAUAUUGUUCUCGAGAAACAUUGGUUGAAUAAUGAUACUUUAUUUAGGUACUUCUGAUGGAAAUAUAUUUAAAAGUUUGGGCAUUCGCUUGAUAUACAACUUGCACCUGAUCUGAGAUAACAUAUUGAAACUGUGCAGCCAGUUUGUCAAGGUUUUCUUGCUUGAUACCCAUUUCCCCUCUUUAUUCCAUGUACCAUUCGUUUACGUAGUCACUUGUCACUAAACUUUAACGUUUCCUGUGAAUAGUCUUUUGUACGUGCCAUUAUCCUAGAAUCACAUUUUUAGUCUUCAUAAUACAAAAAUCGAAGUUUAGUUUACAAAAAAAAAAACUAAAAUCGAAGUGUCUAUAGAUUUUGAGUAGAGACUAUGUCCAUUAAUUACCCUAAAUUUGCGGAGUUUGGGACAUUGUUUCACUCCAAAAAAAAACUACUCUCCACUAACAUGAUUGAUUAUUCGUUACAUGCAUGUCUUAUAGCCUGUUGUUACAUACAACAUCGUCUUUGAAAAAUUUUUAGCAAAAAAAAAAAACAUCGUCUUUGAAUUGAUUUAUCCACCUACCAGACUACCAUUCUCAUGAUCCUAUUCCCUGAUAAAUAAAUGUUCACAAAACGAAGUGAAAAACUUUUGUUUAGCAGCACAUAAAGUGCGGAAUUUGUCUUUACAAAAAUGAUAAACUAGAAUUUCGUCGCUUGGUGAUAAUCAGAAGCCUUACGUACAAAAUAGGAAGGAACAUGUUCUUAGUUAAAAAAAAAGUCAUUCAAAUAUAGAAAUUUAUUCUACAUUAUAAGAGGAUUCUGUGGUCUGUUUUAUUUUCACACGUGUGUACAAAAGUAUAACCUUUUGUCUUUCUUUCCAUUCAUUUAUACACUAAUUCAUAAUUAUAGAUAUAAAAUAUGUACAAUUUGUAUUUGGAUAGGUACCUUAAAUCCGAUUUUUUAAACCCAGUGUUCUAAAAAUCGUUUAUGCAGAAAAUUGGCAUAGCCGAAAUGAUUUCUAGACACAUUCAAAAAUCGGUCUAUGUGUCUUUCUAAUCAAUAAUCUCCUAUAAAGUGUUUAAUUAUUGCAACGUGUCUAGUGAGAAGUUCAUAGAGAGUUUUUUGAGAUUAGAAAAAUAAAAUAAAAAAAAGAUAUGAAAGAGAGAAGACAUAAGGUUCUAAAAUAAAACAUUAAAAACCCCACUGAACCCCCACCCCAAAUAAGGCAAAAGUCUUCUCCUUGUUGAUUUAUUUUUUAAUCAAAAAUAUUAAGACAAAAAUAUUAAGACAAAAUUCUGAAAAACUCUGUGACGCUUAAAUUGAGCCAUUUGCAAGAAAAAUAUACAAUAACUGAAAAUUUUGCAAAAAUGGAAAAAUCCAAGAAAACAUGGUUGUCAGAGAUUUUGUCUGCAAGUAUUUUACCAUUUGCCCUUUUCAUUAAUCAAGUAGUAUAAAUAUUUAUAUAAAGAACCAACAUGUAUUAUAUAUAUAUACACGUAAUGAUAUAUAUAUAUAUAUUGAGAAAAUAUUUUUAUAAACGGAAAAAUACUUAUAUUUAUUUAGAUGUAAUGUCUUCACCUCUAAGCUUUAAUUUGUUGUUCUGUCGUCGUGUUUCUUCCGAUCACUGGUAUUCUUAUGAUCAGUUUAUCUUUUCGCAUGUUUCCGUCUCACCGCUGUGACCACAUCUCCGCCGCACCAUAGUGGUACCGUGUCCACGUUUUUUCUUCUCGCUGCCGUCACAUCUCCAUCGUUUGAUCGUGGGCACACAAGAUGAGGCUUAGGCCGAGAGGAUUGAAUCGAGUAGAAUGGUCUUCAGUAAGCGAUCAGUUUGCACAUCUUGGGCUGGAUCGGGUGAUACGGUUUGAGCAUGAUGAAUCGAGCGGUUGGAUCUUCUCAAUUCGAUCGAUGCAAGUUCACGGCAUGGAUCCAUUUUUGUUGUUUUUGCAAACUAGCCCCUGCAAUUUUGCAUAUUUCUGUGAUUAUUUUUCUUGAUUUAAUUAGUAUUGUUAUAUUCUGAUUUAUCUGGAUACUUUACAAUUUAGCUGGUAUUUAAUUUAUAUUUACCGGCUAUUUUGAUCAGUUAAUGGUUGUUAUUUGUAUCAAAUCGAAACAAAAAAAAUAAUCUCUCUAAUAAAUCACAAAACAUAUGAUUAGAUUUACAUGUUCGGCUAAACAUAAAAUUAACUUAUUAACAAAUCACAAUACAAAUGAUUAAAAUUAGAUGUUUAGCCGGUUAACAUUGUACUUGAAUUGUUUUUGUUAUUGUUAGCCGGUAAUAUAUACUAAUUGUCCCGGCAUUGUUACAGUUAGCCGGUAAUAUAUACUAAUUAUCUUGACAUUGUUAUAGUUAGCCGGUAAUAUAUAUUAAUUAAUAUUGUAAUUUGUGAAAUAGCCGGUUAAGAUUUUACUUGACUUUUUUGGUUAUAUUUAGCCAGUAAUAUACAUUAGUUAUCUCAAUAUGGUAACUUGAAUUGUAACACUGAAACAUCUAAGACUAUGAGAACCAUUCGGGAAAUUCUUCAAGGGUUUGAAAUGUAUAAUUUGAAAGUCUGGAGCGAUUCGUGAAGCUUUUUGUACACUUGGAAAUAUUGGGGCCAACUCAAGAAUAUCCAAAGAUGGAAGGCUUGUGUUGGAAAACAGAAAAAAAUCACCAUUCUUGCUCGAUCUCUUCCGUAACAAGACAGAGACGGCGAGGAUGAGCAUGACGGCGACGCUUGAAUCUGAGCAUGACGACCUCAGCAGAUAAACACGGCGGAGAUGAUCCGGUGACUCAUGAUAGACUCGAUGAUUUGCGGCGGAGAAGAGGUAGCUUGAGGUAAAGACGUUCAAGGUGGCUUUGUUUUUAUUGGACGACAGAGAUGAACAGGAAAAAAUAUGAAAAGAAAAUGAGAUUGAGAAAGAUUAUAGAUGGUGACGACAAGAAACCAAAGAAAUUGAGAGAGAUGAGAGAUUUUCUGGACGGAAAAACCAAAGAGAUAGAAAGAGAUGAAAUAGUUUAUUUCAAAAAGAAAAAUGUAUUGAUUGUAGUGGUUAGGGUAGUCUCUCUCUCCUCAUACGUGAUAAUGGAAUAUAACGAUUUGCAAAUGUAUUAUAUCUUAGGUUGCAAUGCAAGAGACUUAAGGAUAGAAUGGACAUUAAAAAAAUACACAUCAUCUGAAAAGUCAAAGUUCCGUCUGUGCAAAUAUGGAAGUUAUGUUUGUAUAGGAGUCCUAAUUUCUCUAAAUUAGAAAAAUCGUUGUAAUGAGAGUUAAAUAUUCAAAAAAUGAGUAGAAUUGAAUGUGGAAAUUCGUCUGUGGGUAAGAACUACUAACUCCGCUAGUUAGUGCUUUAACCAUUAUGAAGGUUUGUUGAAAGAUGAAAAGAGAGGAGUUGGAACUCUCUUUUCCUUCUCAUUCCCGUUUUCAUCUUUUUCAUUUCUUUUUAUUUAUAGGGAAGAGCUGUGAUUCGCACUCCAAGAGUUGGUUUUACCCUCAUGGCUUUCCUUUUACUCGUGCAACAUAGGCUGCAUGAGACUGUCUUUUUGUGUCAAUCUUUCCUUAGAGAUUAAACAAUCUAUGAAUGGGACCUAGUUUUGGCCACACAUCAAAUCCACACAAAAUAUGGUUCCGCGAGAUAAAGUGUAGUUUGCUGUCCGUUCCUCCAUAAAAGCUCCUGACGCGUAAGUGUUAGGCCACCUAAGUUAGAAACAAAAAUAUGGACCACAAUUUUGAAAAUUAUAUGUAAUUAAGAUGGUUAAGUUAGAAAAGAAAACAAUUUUCUUAUCCCUACUUAAAUGUAUUGUUUGUGCAUUUUGUUUUAAUGAAUAAUUUUCCUUCUGAUUUAAAAGUUUUAAAAAAAACUUUUAGUUUUGAUAUAGUUCUACAAUUGUAAUGGCACAUUUAUUUUUAAAAGCUUUAGGCCUCCUAAUUUGGGACGGCAUGCGUAAGGAGAGAGGACUGGUUUAUAACCGCGAGAAAUGACAUGAUCAUUUCCAAACUAUUUUCAAAAAAAAAAUAAAUAAGAAUAUGAUCAUUUCCAAACGCCAAAUAAUAGUGAAGUGGAUAAGUGGAGGAGAUACUACUGUAGGAGGAGAAACACAUUUCUGUUUUGUCCAAAGCUAAUGGGAAGGUAGAUCAUGUAGUCAGUAUGGUGGUCCUAGGCUUGGUACCAGUCACUUGUUCAUUGACGAUAAUAAUUUAGUUUAUGCGAGCUUUCUUAAGAUUUAACUUCACGUUCAGGAAUCAUAUACGGAUCCGACAUGUGAACAUAAUAUAUGUUGUAUUUGUCAGUGUGGAUUUUCCCUUCUAUAAAUAAAAAACUUCGAUUUUUGGUGUCUGCUUGAUGAAGCAUUAUCGGCGUCGUGAGCGAUAAUGCAAACCAUAUCUGAAAUAGUGGGUAAUAAAAAAAUAGGGGCAUUCCGAGAAUUGAACUCGGGACCUCUCGCACCCUAAGCGAGAAUCAUACCACUAGACCAAAUGCCCUUUUUGAUAGGUGGCUCAUCUAAUUGUUCAUCGUGCCGUACGUAUGUUAUAUUUGACUAUGUGACCUCCUAAAGUUUCAGGGAAGAAAAGUCUUUAUCAUUCCAAACACAAUAACUAGUUUGGUAAAGACAGUUCAUGGACAGUGAUGGACUGGUACAGAUUCUUAGCCUUUUCAUACACUACCGAAUGGGAUAGUUACUCUAAAGCUGGAGUAUGAGAGGUUGGUAGUCUUGUUAUCCAAUAAGAGAUUGCUAUAUAUUUUUUGUCAAACAAAGCUUUUUGUCUUGUCUCAGACUCUAAUGCAUGUCUCCUUCUGAAUUGUGUACCUUGUCUCGGAGACUCGGACGCGGUUAACUAUUCCAUUCGGUUAAGUAAUUAUUUCAUUCGCCAACUCCAAAGAAAUAAUAAUACCAAACCAGAUGAACCGGUAAUAACUACUUUCCCAAAUCUUAACCGCCGCUGCAUCAAAAUUCAAAAGUACAUAGUGUUGACGCACGGACAUCUCGUGUCUCUUCGACAUAUAUUAUUGUCUGAACUUCUUCCAAUCACCAAUGACGAAAGAGAAGAAAAAGGAUAAUGUCAGAUAUAUGGAUGUCGAGUUCAACAUAUCGAUGCAUUGCAACGAAUGUGAGAGAAAAAUCGCCAGAGUUAUCUCUAAAUUCAAAGGAGUUGAAACAUUUACGACGGAUAUGAAUGGUCACAAGGUUGUGGUCACGGGAAGGCUUGAUCCUAAGAAGUUGUUGAAGAAACUCAAGAAGAAGACGGGCAAGAGAGUGAAGAUUGUAGCGAAGGAUGAUAAAGAUGACGAAUCUAGUAAGUACGCCGAGGACGAAAACGUUCUCGUGAUUGAUAUGGAACUGAUCGGUUUAGGAGAUGAGCCGGUCCUUGGGUAUAAUGAUAGGGAGUUAGAGAAGUUUAUGUGGUUUAGCGAUGAGAAUCCAAAAUCCAUAUGUUGUAUCUCUUAACGUAGUUGAAACUAUAAAUAAUUACACACAAAAACAUUCUUAGAAUAUGGAACGAAUUGGUUUGGAGAAAGUGUAAUAAGUUCUUUUACGUUAACUUCUUUGUUGGGAUGUUACAAACCGGUUAAGUCAAAAGCCGGUCCAAUUCAUGGCUUCAAGAAGACUAUUACGUUAAAGUCUUGGCAGUGGGCAUGCAGACUGGGGUUUUUCAGGUUUUUGAAUUUUUGGAUUCAGUCUCCUAGACUCAUUCAGGUUUUAUAUAUGUUUGGGUUUAGUUGGUAAUACUCCGGGUUCAGGUACGUUUUAUGACUCUACUUAAGACUCAUUUUUGAUCUAAACUCGUUUCGGAUUUGGUUAAUGAUACUUUGGACUAAAAUAAACAUGAAUUGAGUUACUUACCCAUUUCAAGUAC